UCUAGGAUCCCUUCUCUCUGCUCUGAUUGGCUGGUAGAGAAGUACCGCCCCUAACUCUAGCCGCCUUUUACUGAUUGGCUCUUUUGUCCUGUCACUCUCCGCCUGCUGUGAGAACUAGUUUGUUGCAUUGUCUUGUAUAUUACCUGGCUGCAGAGCUGUGCCGCCUGGACAUGGUGAGGGGGCAGCAGCGGGCACAAGGGGCACACACACUGCUGGAGAGCCGUCUGCUUUAGAUGUUACCGUCAUGUCGGUCAGCGUCCAUGAGAACCGCAAGUCACGGACCAGUACAGGGUCUAUGAACAUUUCAUUAUAUCAUAAACUUGGCCACCCAGACUGCGUCCUGACCCAGCUCAAUACCAUGCGAAAGCAGCAACUUUUUACAGACGUCACACUAUGGGCAGGAGACCGCUCAUUCCCAUGCCAUCGAGUGGUUCUUGCGGCUUGCAGCCAAUACUUUGAGGCCAUGUUCAGCCAUGGGUUGAGAGAAAGCCUUGAUAACACUGUGAAUUUCCAUGACAGUCUUCACCCUGAAGUCCUGGAACUUUUGCUUGACUUUGCUUACUCUUCAAAAAUUAUAAUCAAUGAAGAAAAUGCGGAGUCGCUGCUAGAAGCUGGAGACAUGCUUCAAUUCCAUGAUGUUCGGGAUGCUGCCUCAGAGUUCUUAGAGAAGAACCUUUAUCCCUCAAAUUGCUUGGGAAUGUUACUGUUGUCUGAUGCCCACCAAUGCAGAAGAUUGUAUGAGUUAUCUUUGCGAAUGUGCUUGGUCAACUUUGAAAUGCUGCAUAAGACGGAAGACUUUAAUAAUCUUUCCAAAGACAUCUUGCUCGACUUGGUUUCCAGUGAUGAACUUGAGAUUGAAGAUGAGCAGGUGGUGUUCAAUGCUGUGCUUCAAUGGGUGAAGUAUGACUUGGACAGAAGAAAAGAUUAUUUUCCAGAGUUGUUAAAGAACAUCAGGUUAGCAUUGCUCACCUCUGAAUCACUGAAGGAAGCCAUUGCUUGUGAAGACUUAGUAAUGGCAGAUGAAAGGAGCAAAGUAAUCAUGGAGGAGGCUGUCCAAUGUAAAAGAAAGAUACUGCAGAAUGAUGGAAUAGUGACAAGUCUGUGUGCUAAGCCUCGAAAAGCAGGACAUACUUUACUUAUUCUAGGGGGCCAAACAUUUAUGUGUGACAAAAUCUACCAAGUAGAUCACAAAGCUAAAGAGAUCAUUCCUAAAGCUGACUUGCCAAGCCCAAGGAAAGAGUUCAGUGCUUGUGCCAUUGGAUGCAAGGUCUAUGUGACUGGUGGACGGGGCUCUGAGAAUGGAGUGUCUAAAGAUGUGUGGGUCUACGAUACAGUCCAUGAAGAGUGGUCAAAAGCUGCACCAAUGCUCAUUGCAAGGUUUGGGCAUGGCUCAGCUGAGUUACAAAACUGCCUUUAUGUAGUUGGUGGACAUACAGCGGUUGCUGGAAUUUUCCCAGCAUCCCCUUCAGUUUCCCUAAAGCAAGUAGAGAGGUAUGAUCCUCAAUCAAAUAAAUGGACCAUGGUGGCACCACUGCGGGAUGGUGUGAGCAAUGCUGCUGUAGUUAGUGCCAAGCUGAAGCUUUUUGUUUUUGGAGGGACAAGUAUACACAGAGAUCGGGUCUCUAAGGUGCAGUGUUAUGACUCAUUUGAAAACAGGUGGAGUAUUAAAGCUGAAUGCCCCCAGCCCUGGCGCUAUACUGCUGCAGCAGUGCUGGGCAGCCAGAUCUUUAUCAUGGGAGGAGACACAGAAUUUACAGCUGCCUCUGCCUAUCGCUUUGAUACCGAAACUAAUCAGUGGACAAGAAUUGGGGAUAUGACAGCAAAACGUAUGUCUUGUCAUGCCCUAGCAUCAGGCAAUAAACUCUAUGUGGUUGGGGGCUAUUUUGGUACCCAAAGGUGUAAAACACUAGACUGUUAUGAUCCAAUCUCAGACUCCUGGAAUAGUAUCACAACAGUGCCUUACUCGCUUAUACCUACUGCUUUUGUGAGUACUUGGAAGCACUUACCUGCAUGAGAAGAUGGACCAUAUAAAUUAUAGCGGCUUGUGACACACACAGAUGUGUCCAGGGCUCUGAAGGCUUCCCUCACAAUGCUGGGGUGUGAACCUGGAGAAGCUUUUGUUGGGUAUACGAGAUGCCCACUGGAGUUCCUGAUGGUUCACUCUUUCUGACACCUGACCAGCAAAUUCCAAGCUCACUGGACAGUACCACUUGUCAGCCUUGACUGCCGGUGAACAUCUGUGUUUUACUGCCAUGUUUGUGAUAAGUGUCACAAUUGUCAAUGAUGCUGUAAAAUUUUACACUGCAAGACUUACAUACAGUAUCUACAAGGGCAAGUCACAGAGGGAUUGCAGAGCGAGCUACUGGCUGUGGACAGGAAGCUCUGUGGUGGUUUUCCCGAUGUAGAAAUCCACCGCUACGAGGGGACACACAGAGCUUCUCGGCCACAGCCUCCCUCUGUGACUGCCCUUGGAGCAUAUGCAGAAUGAAAUACUCUGUGUGACCCUGCCCUAAGGAACUAUUAGCACAGGGGUUUCCUGUGGGAGGCAGCGGUGUGUCCUCCAGUGACUACUAGUGAUGUGAAAGCCCAUCACUAAUAGUCACUGGAGGACUCAGGGAGUGUGGACACAUGGAUAGCCGCAGUUAAUAGUUGAAGGUCCUCUGUAAGUAUGAGACAGUAACAUUAAACAAGACUAUAGGACCCAGAGCUAAAUGUGUGAGUAGUAACAGCUUUACUCUUAUCUAUAGGCUUUGCCUGGUUUUUAAGCUGUGGGCAAGGGUGGUGCUGUUUUAGGAAAAUUGCAUCUUUUUCAUAAUGUCAUAUGGCAUUUAACAUAGUUUUUUCUUUCUUCGAUUAUUUCUACAUUAGGCUGAUAAAUAUUUUUGGCUCCUGUCAGUGUAUUACUGUACCUGCAUGGGAAUCAGCCUGCCUAGACCAUAUGUUUCCAUGGCUGCAAUGGUAAGGAGAAUAUAGAAAUAUAGACCUUUAUCCACAUAUGUAGGCGCCUUGAGAAAAGUGUAUUUUUGUGCAUUAAAGCAGCGUUCAGUUGUGGGAUAUUCAUUGUAGUAUUUAGGUGGGGUUCACACCAUGUUUGGGCUGUAUGUCUCAGGCAUAUUUUGAGAUGCCAGCAGAAAUAUAUGCUGAUGUAUACUAUGUCAGGUCUAUUCACUUUAAAGGACUGAAUGCCAGUCUAAAUUUUUAAACCCAUGAAUGUGCAAAGUUUGGUUUUCAUAAGGUCUAUGGCUUCAGUUCUUAUAGUGUAGUUAUUAUGAAGUGAUUAGAAGAAUUGCAAUAAAUUGUCACUCUUUUCCCUAAAAAUUAGCUUACAAAGAUACUCCCAUCUCCUUAAUCAUGUCUCUGUACAGAGCAUAGCAGUCCAAUUGGCUUUAUUUAGUAAACUUGCCUGGUUCUGUAAAUAUCUCUUCUUCUCUCCUCUACCGUUUACAGCUGUAGUCAUGGUUCCCGUCCACCAGCUCUGCUUUAGAAGCAGUGGCAGACGCAGCUCCUGAGCUGAGAGCACAUUUGGCUUAUCUCACCAUAUUAAUCAUCCACUUUAGCUUGGGAGCUGCCUCUACCCCAACAUUUCCACCAGCAAUCCUGGGAAUGUGAGCAGACAGCAGCAGCCGGGAGGUAAUUAGGUAAUUACUCACAAAAAAAAAAAAAAAAAAAAUCAUAAUAAUCGAUUUUCAGCCCCACUACAAAAUGACACGCUAACAACAUUUCAAGUGCAGAACUGAUCCCAGCUGAGAAUUCAGCUACGGGACUGGUUCAACACCAGUACAGAGCUUACACUGGAAUGACAGCAGGCAGAUGUUAGUGCAUCUGCUUGCACAGUGAGGUGAAGGCUUUUUGGAGGCUGGCAUGGUAUUAAAGGGGUACUCCGCUGCUCAGCGUUUGGAACAAACUGUUCCGAACGCUAGAGCUGGCGCCGGGAGCUUGUGACUUAAUAGACCUGCCCCCUCAAUGCAAGUCUAUGGGAGGGGCCGUGACAGGGGCUAUGAGCAGCAGAGUACCCCUUUAAUAUCAUGCCAGCCUCCAAAUGCUGAGCAGUGGAGUACCCCUUUAAGAAGGGCAUCAAAGAAGCCAUUUUUCUUUAAGAAUAACAGCAAGGAUAGACUGACAUUGUGCAGUAUAGGGAUUUGACUGCAGCUGACUGAGGUAAAGUUAUUUUUCUCAAAUAGUAUCUAAAAAUCCUCCAAGAGCAACUGUAUCCUACAAUCCAGGAUCUUUUUGACCCCUUCCCUCUUUGACAAUUUUUGUUUUUUCCUCCUUACAUUCUAAAAAUCAUAACACUUUCAAUUUUCCACCUAUAGACCCAAAUGAGGGCUUGUUCUUUGCGCCAACAAUUUUACUUUGUAAUAUCAUUAAUAAUUUCACAAAAUCUACGGCGAAACCAGAAAAUUUAUUUGUGGGGCAAAAUUGAAGAAAAGCCAUUUGUAAUUUUUAGGCUUCUACGCAGUGCAGUUUUCAGUAAAAUUGACACCUUAUAUAUAUUCUGUAGGUCCAUACGGUCGCAAAGAUAUCCAAUUUAUAUUGGUUUGAUUUUAUUUUACGACAAUAUAUAUAUAACUACAUACACCAAAAUUAAUAUGUUUAAAGGAAAACUGUCAUAUGUUUUCUCCCGCACUAUCCACAGGUACCGGUGGAUAGUGCAGGAGAUGCUGAACAUUUUGAGGCCUACCUUGCCCGGAUGCGCU